UCCGGUGGAGGUCGAGGGUGGGCCCCUGACCCUCCCGGGCUCCUGGGAGGAUGAUUAACGCGGGGCCGAGACCCUCGGUGCGAUAAGAGGGGGGGCGAGCGUCCCAGCAGCCGGAACCCGGUGUUUAGAGGGGGGAUUCCUCCCAUUCCUCCGAGCCAGCCAUGCCACUCUGAUCCCCCUCCCCGGCCCUGAUGGGCCGGCCUCAGGGCCCGGAAGGACCCUGGGGGCCGCGCUCCAUGGCCUGAUAAGCACCUCCAUGGCUGACGGGUCCCGGCAGUGGGUUACGUAACGGGACUUGAUUAAAAAAAAAUAAAGUGCUAUUUUUCAUUUUCUUAAGAAAAAGUGGAAAUGUCCCAAAGCUAUGUACCAAAUGUACCAAAUGAUUUAUUUAACAUUAGGAUAAAUUAUUGCUAAAAUGUCAGUAUUUGGGGGCUGAUAACUAAUGCUUAUUAAUUGUUCAUUAAUUUACCCAUAUUUUAGUGUUUUACCGUAUUUACAUAUCUUUAGAUAUUAGGAAUAGAAACCGACUAACUAAGGGAGUUUGGGAACACAGAGGUGAUUAUUCUGGGUAGAUAUUUUAUUGGGGUCACUAAUCCCUGGUGGAUAUCCCAGGUUUAGAGGAUAACCACCAACACCGCGUGCCCCAAAAACCCCUCCGGACAACACACACAUACACGUACACACACAGAAUGUGCUAAUCUGUGUGUUGAUCUGUCUGGAACAAAGCCACACAUUGCAUCAACUCUAUAAAUGUACCUAAGAGACAGCGGGGGAAACUAUUCCCAUCUAUUCCUUCUUAUUCUCCUUGGUUGAUAGAACCCAACCAUGUUUUCAGAAACAUGCUCAUUUGACGCUUUGUCAACAUAAAAAUGGGUAUAAUCUCAUACUUAUUUUUGAAUCUUGAAAACAGAAUUAAACCCAAUAAGUCCUCCUCCGACAUUUUGUUGGCGUAAACAUUUCCUGUUUUUUUUUCUCAUUUAUAAGUCCUCCAUGUUAGAGCUUGACAGGCAUUUCCAUAGCGCUGUUCAUUUGAAAACAUGUUUGUGUUGUCAGUGAUGGGGUUUCAAACUUGAAUGUGGAAAGGCGACCAAAGCACUAUGUCAUCUACAUGUGUGAGAACCAUGAGCACUUUGGAGGAGCAGACGGACCACAUGAUACCAUGAAGUCAAGCCUGCAGGCCCUGAGCUCCUCGCUGCUGAGUGUUCUAGCGUUCCUUCUCAUCCCAGAAGGUGUGAUGUCAUCAGCCCCGACGCCGCACCUGAGCCACACUUCCUGGAACUCUGAUAUCUCUACGGCAACUGCCCUCCCCUCCCCCAGCCCCCCUCCCCCUCCCCGUCCGGACUUGCAGCAGGAGGGUUCCGGGGGCGUGGCGUUCUUAUCCGGGCCUCAGGCUCCGCCCACGCACGCCCACGCGGUCCGGGGUAUGAAGAGCCCGGACCGCGUGUCCAGUGAAUCCUCCGCCAGAAGAGGAGGGGCACAGGGGGGUCCCCAGGGCGUCUCCGGGGGCCCCGCAGGGCUGCAGAGGCCCAGCGUAGAGCAGCCCACCCAUACGGCCAGUCUGGAGGUCUGGAGGGACGGCGGGGGGUCGCUGCCCCCCGGGGAGCCGGCCCAGAGCCCCCCGGGGGAGCCCCGGCACCACAGCAUCACCUCCCGGGAGGUGCACCCCAGCACCGGCGAGCCCCCCACCAUGGGGCUCACUCCCCUUGUCCCAUCGGCAGCCCCUCCUCUCGCGACACCCGAGUCCCUCCCUGUCACCACUCCCCCACCCCCCGCCACCCCGCUGGCCUCCGCCGCCGCCGCCGCCGCCACCGCCGCCGCCACCGCCGCGCUAAUGAACCCCACCCCGGCCAAUGACAGCCUCGCACCUCAGCAGGCCGCCGCCGGCGGUAACGCCACGGACGCCCUCGUCCCGUCGGCGGCGGCGUUGCCGGCGUCGCUGGGGAACGCCACGACGCAGCGGGGGCCGCCCGCCGACGGCGGCUCGACGGCGGGGCCGGCGUCCACCUCUCCUCCCCCUCCUUCGGCGCCUCCUUCACCGCGGGGGGCGAACGGCUCGGAGGAGGAGCCUCCGUCCACGGCCAGCGGGAGUUUCCUGAACCGGUUGGUACCGGCCACCGACCCCUGGGUCGCCGGCGGCAACGGCUCGGAGCCCACCCUGGAGGCGCCACGGGGCCCCGGGGACAUCUGCCUGAGCCGGAUGGACCUGGUGUGGGUGGUGCUGGCCAUCAGCGUGCCCGUGGCCACCUGUUCCGUGCUGCUGACCGUGUGCUGCAUGCGGAGGAAGAAGAAGUCGGCCAGCCAGGAGAACAACCUGAGCUACUGGAACAACGCCAUCACCAUGGACUACUUCAGCCGCCAUGCCGUGGAGCUGCCCCGCGAGAUACACACCCUGGAGAGCGAGGACACCUGCCUGCCUCCUAACGGGGACUACAGUGGCAGCAGUGUGGUGCUGGUGAACCCAUUCUGCCAGGAGACGCUGUUCAUCAACAGAGACAAAGCCUCCAACAUCUAGCGGGGAAAAUAACCUUGCCGCGCUACCUUCGAGGACCUUCAAAAUAAAAGUUUCUCAGAGAACUAGAGGACCGUGAAAAUAAAAGGUCCCUCGCAAACACCUUGCUCCUUUGUCACCCACCUGCUGUUCACAACUAUUUUAUAUAUCUGUAUAGAUAUAUAUGUAUGGUUAAUAUUCACACAGACUCAACUUUAUACUACUGUAUAUUCACGAAGACGAGAGAGAAGAAAAAGCGCAAAGUUAAACAGACUAUUUGCUAUGCGCCUGCAUAUUUUUCUGAUGUACAUUUUCUACAAAAAAUGUAAUUGUUACAAGGGUUUUUAUGUCUUUUUAAAGUACAGAGUAUAUGUAGUUUUGUUUUGGUCAGUGGCUUGAUGGUAAGUACACUGUGAACGUGGCCAUGUGAACCCUGCUUUAGAGAGAAGUACGCUGCAUAGAAUCUGGUCAGUGUUCAACGUUUUAUUUGGUCCCCUAAGUAAUUCCAACACAUUUCACCUGUUGAACUUGAAUUGUGCACCAACGUUACGGGCUGGGCUGGGCUAUGAUGUGCCAGAGAGGGCUUGGCUAUGAUGGGGCAGACAUGUUGAUGUAAAACGUUUGGAUGUCUUUAGUUAAAUAAAAUACAAUUGUUUUGUGACUUAACCAAGCAGCAUUUGGUGGUGGUCUGUGAUGUAGUGCCUGCAUGGCGGGAACUCCAUCAUUCACCACCCAUCUCCGUCAACACCCUCAACCCCAUCACCAUCAUCUCCACCACCACCUCCUCCUCCACCACCACACCCAUAACCACCAGCAUUACAACCACCUACAUCCUAAACCCUUCCCCCCCACUUCCUCCACCACCAACCCCAUCACCACCCCCUCCUCCACCACGUGUGAGCAGGUUCAGUCCAACAAGGAGCCACAAAUCUCAGCUCAUGUAAAAUAAGUUCUCGUGUGUGUGUGUGUGUGUGUGUGUGUGUGUGUGUGUGUGUGUGUGUGUGUGUGUGUGUGUGUGUGUGUGUGUGUGUGUGUGUGUGUGUGUGUGUGUGUGUGUGUGUGUGUGUGUGUGUGUGUGUCCUUUUUUUUUAACUGCACUUGAAAUAUGUUGGAUGUGGGUGUUGCAGAAAGACUUUGCUUUGCGCUUUGCAUUUAUUUUCAUCGCAAUCUGUGUGUUUGUUCUGCAUGACUGUCCCGUCAGUCAAAGACUUGUCAGUCUUUCACGAUGUUUAUCAUUUGUGUCAUUCCUUUUGUCUGUCAUUCAGUCCACUUGUUGCUACAUGUGUGUAUUGUGGUCUGUAGAGGGACUUCUGAGCUCUAUAUAAACAUGCCUUUUAACAUCUAAGAGAGUGCAGUUCAAUAAGUACUGUUUUUAUUUUUAUAUAUAUAUAUAUAUAUAUAUAUAUAUAUAUAUAUAUAUAUCUCACUGUGAGCUCUCUCAGAGGCAGUUCAAUAAACAAGUGUUUUAUACUCAUUAGGAAACUGUCUACACCAGUUUUAUUCUGCCUUGCUGGGGGUUUCACUGGGAGAAUCUCCUGCUGUCUGUCUGCAUCGUGGCUGAAGAACCAACAACCUGUGUGGUCAGGUGUUGUCUCAAACUGAUCGAAUUAUGUGCUGAUAUCUGCUGAACUGGAUGUUCACACUCUGGCUUGUGGUGGACUGUGGCGUUUCCCAGGGACUCGGACAGGACUUUGGGGGAGACGGGUUGUUCAAUGUGAUGUAUUUUUCUACUCUGGCAUGCACUGUACUUUUUACUGCUGAGCAAUAAAAUAUAAAACGCAGAUUAUUUUCUAAUUUAUCGUAUCAAAGAAUAAACUUUAUUGCAGAUA